UCAAACACACACACACAUAUAUAAUUAUGGGAAUUGAAGAUAAAAGAUUCAUAGUGAAGGUGGUCGAGAAGCAAGUGGUGUAUGCAAAAGAUAAUGAACCAUGGAAUGUUGACCAUUGGUUACCAUUCACAAACCUUGACUUGCUUGUGCCACCUUUUGAUGUUGGUUCUUUCUUUUGCUACAACAAGCCCUCCCAUGGUAGUUUCCGCGCCACGUUAAAAGUCCUCAAAGAAUCAUUAUCUCGAGCUCUCGCGCUCUACUACCCACUCUCCGGUGAGAUAGCGUGGAAUGGAGUUUCCGGAGAGAACCAAAUUCAUUGCAACAACCAAGGAGUUGAUUUCACUGAAGCUUUUGCUGACGUGGAGCUCAAGGAACUCAAUUUGUAUAAUCCUGAUGAGUGUAUUGAGGGUAAACUAAUGCCAAAGAAACCAAGGGGUGUGCUUGCUGUUCAGAUCACGGAGUUGAAAUGUGGAGGCAUGGUGAUAGGGUGCAUGUUUGAUCAUCGAGCAGCAGAUGGUUACUCGGCUAACAUGUUUAUAUCAUCAUGGGCAGACCUGGCUCGGUCCGAAAUCCCAUCUAUGUUUCCCUCUUUUCAAAGGUCUAUUCUCAAUCCAAGGUGUCCAACCACUUAUUCUCCCUCAAUCGACAAUGUGUUUGCUCCAUUUCUACCCUCACCCGAGCUUGAAAACAGCCAAAGCCAAGAGGACGACGAUGAUAGUUUACUAGUUAAUCGUAUAUUUUACAUUGAGAGUGAGCAACUAAAAACACUACAAUUGUUAGCAAGUGAAAACGGACGUAGGAGGUCAAAGCUAGAAGCGUUCACCUCUUUUUUGUGGAAGAUAGUUGCUUUGAGCAUGGAAAGCUCCGGAAAUCACAACCAGAUUUGCAAUAUGGCUAUCGCCGUUGAUGGAAGGAGUAGGUUGAGUCAGGGAGACGGAGAAGAGAAAGGAAAACUAGUGGCUUCGCACUUUGGCAACGUCUUGUCAAUGCCAUAUGGCUCAAAAACAUCACAAGAGUUAAAGGAGAUGUCAUUGAGCAAUGUAGCAACAGAGGUUCAUGACUUUUUGCAAACAGCCACUACUAAAGAGCAUUUCUUGGACUUAAUUGACUGGGUGGAAGAACGAAGGUCACAACCGCUAAUAGCAAGGGCGUUUGCCAACGGAGAGAUGGCUAUGAUGGUUUCGUCGGGACAGAGAUUUCAGAUCAUGGACAAGAUGGAUUUCGGGUGGGGUAAGGUGGCAUUCGGAUCAUGCCAUGUCCCUUCUGCAAGGAAGGAUUGCUACGUGAUGACAUUGCCAAGUCCAUCUAACAAUGAAGAUUGGGUUGUUUAUAUGCAUUUGCCAUUAAAACAUAUGAGCUACAUUGAGGCACAUGCUCGCCAUAUGUUUAAACCCUUAAAUACUGAUUACCUCAAGAUUUCUUAAUUACUUUAGACGAGCAUGAUACCGUGCGUUACAGCUGAUAUCGUGGACAGGGUUUCCCGUCUCAUGAUUAUCUUGUUUUUGACUCUUGAUUUUUGGUCAGUUUGUGUAUUACUUACUUAAUUGUUUGCCAAAGAAAGAUAAGAGUGUAUGCCAAAAAAAAGAGCUAUAGAAAUGGAAGAACAGGGCUAGAGAAUAAUGGGUGUGUAGGCAGGGACGACUGUAGCAUUGGGGCAGUGGACCUCCACUUUAAUUUUAGU